CCCACCACACACUCCUCCAUCCAGACCAUGCACACUGCAGCUGAAGCUCUGCAGGACACAAGGAGUGCUUCACUAAGCACUGAACAUCCCAGAGCAACACUGCUUUCACUGUCUCUUCUCUCCGAUCAUAUCUUAUACCCAGUCGGAUAAAUGCCAUGCGCCUUCUUCAUCUUUCCACUCUUCUGGUGGUGGUGCUGGCUGUAAGAGCACACCGACAUUUGUUGCCCGGAUCUUGUAGCUUUGAGAGUGACACAUGUGGCUACACUUCGGAUCCUGCACAUGCUACCUGGACAGUGAACAACGAAGGUCGCUUCAUAGCUGCAGACUCCUCACUGAUGGGCGAGGCUGACAAGGCUAUUUUGGUGAGCCCUGAACUUGAAAUCUUUGAAUGGAGCUGUUUACGUCUAGUGUACCAAAUCGCCGGGGCAGGCUCCCUAAAGGUUCACUUGCGCCCUGAUGGUGAGAACUUUGACUACUUGCUAUGGACGGUGGACAAACCCUCAGACAGCUGGUUAAUAGCCAGUGUGGACCUGCGAAUCUUUUCCAGAUCCUACCAGCUUUUAAUGGAUGCCAGGCCCAACAAAGGGAAAGGAAACAGUAUUGCUAUCUUUGAAAUUCAUAUCAUACCCGGUUACUGUAUAGAGUGUAACUUUGAGGAAGAUCAUUUGUGUGGCUACCAAAACCUGUGGAACCCCAAUGUGAACUGGUUAAUGGGAGGAAGCCUCACUCGAGACCCUCAGUCCAACCUCCUAUAUGACAAGACUAUAAACAAUGACAGAGGAUCAGGUCGCUACAUGUAUGUCAGCUCACUUUAUACCAAGGACUUCCAAGAGGUGGCAAAACUCGUGUCACCAAUGAUCAAUGGUCCCAUGUACGGCUGCUUGUCCUUCUACUACCAGAGCAACCAAUCCAGAGGCAACUUCUUCUCUGUGUUCACCAGAGACCAGCUGGGCCACUAUGAGGAGAUAUGGAGGCCAGAUGUGUAUGCCACAUCCACUUGGAAACAAGUGCAGUUGGACAUUAAAGUUUACCAUCCAUCAGAGGUGGUGUAUGAGGUAGCGUUCAACAGUCCUAAUGGCGGCUACGUAGCUGUGGAUGACAUCGCCUUUUCUCCCAAGUUCUGCCACAAUGCAACACAGCCCACCUUUGACCCUUCUGUAGCUAACUGUGAUUUUGAAGAGAGUCUGUGUCGGUACUAUCAGGAGCAAGUUGGAGGUGCCGUGUGGAGCAGAGUGUCUGUGAAACCAAACGUCUAUAGGAUUGGAGACCACACUAAUGGCGAGGGCUGGUUCCUCAUGGCCAACACUCGUUUCAUUUCCCAUAUGGGUUACGUGAGCCGCCUGCACGGACCCUUUCUUCCAGGAAACCACAAAUAUUGUCUCAGGUUCUAUUACGCUCUGCACGGCUUAAGGAAGAUUGACAACAUCCUGGCACUGUAUGUCUAUGAUGAGCACAAUGUAGCUCAGGCUAAGAUCUGGACAGUGUCUGAAAGCUCCAGAGACGUGUGGACAGAGGUGGAUGUUACAUAUCAGAGGCCAAUGCCAACUAAGAUUGUGUUCGUCAGUAUUUGCAGAAGCUUCUGGGGCUGUGGGCUUGUAGCUCUGGAUGACAUCAAGGUCACUCUUGGGGACUGUAUUAUGACCACAGGUCCUUUGCGCCCACCACCGGGACACUGUUACUUUGAGACCGGAGACUGUGGAUAUACUCAGGAAAAAAAGUUUAAGAAAGCACACUGGUUACGGAACAGAGGUCCUACACCCACAUCCUAUACAGGGCCCAAGGGGGACCAUACCUUAGGGGUAGGGUACUACAUGUACAUUGAGGCGUCCAACAUGUUGCCGGGACACUCAGCACGUUUGGUGACGCCGGAUCUACGGGGUUCAUUCAGGACACAGUGUCUAACCUUUUACUACCAUAUGUAUGGAACUGGAACAGGCGUCCUCAGCAUUCUGCUGCGACAGAAGGGCAAAGUCAAAGAGACGCUGCUCUGGAGCCGAAAAGGAGAGCAGAGUAUCUCCUGGAUGAAGGCUACUGUGGAUUAUGACUGCAUUCCCAAGCACAAUAUUAUAAUUGAAGCUGUCAGAGGCCCUUCAUUAAGAAGUGACAUUGCUAUUGAUGACAUUGUAUUUCAAACAGGACCAUGCCAAGAUCACGGUGACAGCUUUUACUCAGGCUUCUCUGAGGACUUCAAUGAGAUUGAGUACUAAGCAAGGCACUGGAAUAUUCUGUGUUUGUAUCUGUUUGUUGCUAUGCAUGACCAAACUGAGAAACACAUUUUGUUGGUUUUCUUAGUGGAAUGCUUUCAUGGACAUAAUAUCGCCAGAGUUUUUAGAUGUUGCAAGGAUAGCUUGGGAACUUUAUUUUAUAAAUCUUGCUUAGAAGUUCUUAAAUUAGAAAUGCUUUUUGUAUUUUAAAGUAGCAGUUUGUCAUUAUUCCAGUCGUCUUCUUGAAAUGCAAACACUGACCUGCCGUUAUCCUUGCUGUUGAAACUACAUAUGCCUUGUGAGCUGCAUUUAAAGACCGAGCAGUACUGUAGAGGACGAGCUGUUUUCCGAGCUGGAAAAAAAUGUAACAGAAGUUCCGUGGGAUCUAACGAAACUUUGAAGGAGGUGAUUAUUAUGCCUAUAAGCACUUUCAUAUAUUGCAGACUGCACCUUUAAUACUUUUUGUUCAUUGACAUCACACAGCAUUUUGCCUUUAUUAUUAUUAUUAUUAUUAUUAUUAUUUUGUCUGUAUUGCUGAAGUGAAAGGUUUGAUUAUGUUUGAAUUUCAUAAAACUUAAAGAGCAAUAACACUAACUUUUUGCUGACACUGUGUAUUUAUACUGAACAAAACUAUAUUGUAAUGUAUUGUAUUGUUUGUAUGGUCACUGAUGUCAUGUCACGUCAUAUCGUGUUAGGUUCAUUACAUUUUGAUUAACACAUCAGACUUCAAAAUUUGUACCUUUUGUAUUAUUCGGAUUGCUUUUAAUAAGUUCAUGAUUUGUCUGUUUUUACGGUAUUAUAUCGAAUGAAUAAACACUGUUUGAUACAGAAGCCCUCAAGAAACCUUUAAAUUGUGUUUUAUGCUUUCAUGUUAUUUGGACACAUUUCACUUUAUGAAUAAGUGCAAUUUAAAUAAUGAUACAAACCUAUUCAAGGAUCUCUUACACGUGAACAGAUGCCAUAAUGUAAAUGGCAAGAUGGUGCCAUCUAAUGGGGGAGUUUUGCCAUGAAAAUCAAAUACUGCAAGUUACAAGUGUUAACUGACAGAAAUCAUGGCCAUAAUCUUAAUAUGCUGUGGACACGAUUUAAUUAUCUCAUUAACACACCUUAUUAAGUCAUAUGCAUGAGUUAAAUAUGUUGUUCAUACAGCUUCCGAAAUCAUGUCCAAAUAGACAUGAAGUUGUGGACAUUAUAUAAUAAGAUCAUUCCCAAUCCCUAUAAAGUCAUGAAAAUUAAUUAAAUAUCUCAUUCUCACACUUUAUUAAGUCAUGGACUUGAUUUAAAUAUCUCUGUAUUCCAAAGUCGCAACUAUAACUUUAUUUCACAUGCCUUACUACAUAGUAGAGAUGAUAAAUCAUCAGGAUUUCCACAGCAUGAUUUAUUUAUCUCUUUCCCAAGCCUCAGACAUGUCCAUGAUUUAAAGUUCCCCCUAGUAAUUAUCACCUUCCUGUGUUAUUAGUCGAGGUCACACAUGGUUUUAUUACAUACAGAUGUUACUAGCAUGAAAA